AGCGGCUGGGAACAGAGCGUGUCUAGAAGCCAUCACGUUCGUGGGCAAUCCUUAUUGUUUUGCUGCGUAGAAGGGCAGAAAUAAUAAUAAAAAGCAAUACCAUCAAAAUACACACACACACACACACAACACGAAGAAUGGCGGAGACGAAGCCGUUAUCCGUGAAGCGCUCCUUCUUGGAGCCGCUGCCGGUCCCGAAGGCGGCCACCAAAGCCAAUCCGACUGGAAGCGGUUCCGCAGCCUCGACCAAGGCGUCUCCUAACACCAGCCUGGAGUGGCUGCAGCUGGCCUCACAGCUGCUGAUCGCAAGCGGCAACAGCGGUUCGGCAGAGGAUCGCGUUCUCCUGCUGUGCGAGGAGGUGGCGGGCAUGCUGCUCGAAGACGAUGCGAAGGCACGCCGGAUUCAGCAGCAACAGCAGCGCAAGCUGACCGCGGUGGAGGCCGAGACGGCCGUCUACAGCCCCCAGGAAGGGGAGGGAGUCAGCGCGAGUGCCGCCCCCGGUGCGGCCGAAGACGCGGACGUCGCCUCGUCCCCGUCGACGGAGCGGCUGCAAGCGGCCUACCUUCUCACCGCCGCGUCGCUGGCUGCGGUGGAGGCGCAUCGCCUGCCUGCCGCGGAGUCCGCCGUUCGUCUUGCCCGGGCUGCCGUCGAGGCCUAUCGGUGCCCGAUGACGGCGUGGUGCAUCGCCGGCGCGUGUGUGCACUGGGGGACGGUCACCCGCGACGCGGAGCAGCGCAGCGCCGCCUAUCAAACCGCCCUGACGGUGAUCGCGUCCACCUGCAAGGACUUGCUAGCGGCGGAAUCGAUGACAGCCGAGCCAGCUGGCUACGCCGUACGCAUCGCUUGGAUGCUGGUCGAAAUGGGUGCUGUGAGCCAGGCGCGGGAGCCGCUGACGGCGGUGCUUCAGGUGUACCCACAAAACUACAUGGCUCUGUUGCUGCUGACGCUGCUGCACACGGUGGACGGCGACUACGAGAGCGCCAGUGCGGCCGUCAUGCACCUGCUCCAGGCGUACCCGACAGACGUGGCAGCCAUCGUGGUGCACGCGGCGGUGCAGCAGCGGUCCCGUGUGUCGGAGGCGGCGGGCGCGACUGCCAAGGACCCAAACGGCAACAUCGUCAAGAACCACAGCAGCAGCGGCAGCGCCGACGAGGCAGCGGAGGAGCUCGCCGUGGCCAUGGCGCGCAUUGUCAAACUCCACGACGAGGCCGCCUUAGCGGAAACGCAGGGCGUACGGAAAAAGUCGUUGAAGGGCCUGUGCACGCACUGCGCGCCGGAUGAGGACGUCGAGGGUGGCCCAAAGCACUCCUACGGCGAGCUGCGGCGUCGGGUGGUGGGGCACUGGGCUCUGCUCAGUCACGUGGCCACGCGGUUGGGCUGCACAACCAUGGCCGAGGUGGCCAUUGCGGCCGGCACGGACCUGGCGUCGCAGAGCAGGCUUUUGUAUUAUCGGUCUUUUGCUGAUCUGCAGUGCAGUCAGGCACGUCUCUCGCUGGUUCGCCUGAGGGAGGCGAUCGCCGCGCAGCACGAUGGCCGCUACGGCGCACCAACGACGGCUUUGGUGCGGGACAUGAACUUACUGGGUCAGUGGGAGUUGGACACGGUGGCGGCGGACUCCACGCCGAUGCUGAGCCUUCCGUUAACUGCGACGGCCUCUGAAGGGCUGUCGUCCACCUCGCCUCUCGCCGGGGGACCCGCACACCGGCUGAUCUCCUCGAAGCUCUUCGAUGCCGUCUCCGCGACGCUCUUAGCCGCCCUGGAAGCCCACCCAAACCACGCUGAGGGCCACACGCUGUUUGGUGUGACGCGGCUUCUGGAGGCAGCGCAGGCAGACUUGCCGUCCGAGACGCGACACAAUCGGCUGCAGGAGGCGGGCCGUCACUUCUUCAACGCGAUGCGGGCCGAUGGCGCCUUCACGGAGGCCUACACCGGAGCGGGUGUGGUGGCGGAGGCGCAAGGCGCAACGUCGGAGAGUUUCGACUACUACGCCUCCGCGGCGGCGGUGGCGGUGCAGGCACCACUGAUCCCGUGGGGUUACUUCAGCUACCUUUAUGAAUAG